CACAAGUUUAAAACCUGACAUAGGUACUUAAAAAUAUUCGUAAACCUCUUCAAAAUUUUGACAAGACAAGACCAUGGGAAAAUCAAGAGUUAGAUCCAAGUUAGAACCAAAACAAUAGAUUCAAUGCAAAUCAAAUUUUCUGUAAAUCGCAGGAUAUUCAACCCUCGAAUGGAGCAAAUAUUUGUGGCAACAGAAAGUUCAGAUUGUUUGAUCAGAAACUGCUUUCUGAACACACGACCUUUUGAGAUGAGCAUUGUGGACAAUACAGGAAAUCUUGUCAUGCAUAUAGAAAGACCUUUGAAAUGUGAUGAUUGCUGUUGGUUUUGCUGUAUGCAGGAAUUAGAGAUGUUUGACCCGGCUGGGGAAAAACUGUACAGCGUGGAGCAAGAAUGGGCAUUUUUCAACAACAAAAUUGCGCUCAAGGAUGGAGGAGGGGAGGUUCUAAUGAGAAUACACGGGGAGGUCUGCGUUAUAAGAUGCUGCAGUGACAGAAUUUUCAGCAUUUUAACACCCGACCUAAAUCAGAUUGGAGAGAUCCGUAAGAAAUGGUCUGGUUGUGGGAAGGAAACCUUCACAGAAGCUGAUAAUUUUACAAUUGAAUUCCCUGUUGCAUCAGAUUCAAAGACUAAAAUGGGAAUCCUGGGAGCUACAAUUCUGGUAAACUACAUGUACUUCGAGAAGAAGGGAGGAGAAUAAUGCUAGUGUUCACGACCUUUAUCAUAAACUUGCUGGACAUAGGGCUUAGCCCGUUUAAACUUUUUCUAGCCGUUUCGUUAACAGUCAGUUUCAACUGUUAAAAAAUGUAAUAACGGAACGUUCGUUUCUUUAACCGCACAGUGUAAAAAUGUCUUACUGGUAUCAAAUGAAUCCUACAGGUUUUCUCUACAAUAUUGUACUUUCAGUUCAACUACCAUGACUAGCCAUUCUCUCCCUUGAAACAUUAAAGGUCCAUUUUGAGAAAUUUAGGGUUUUUUAUGCUAACAGUAUUUCGCCAAAAUAUAAGUCAUGAGAUACAUCGCAAAUUUUAUAAUUUAUAAGUUUGAAUUUAUUACAUUAUGCCAUUUUUUCUCUGGUUUUUUUUUAUCCAAAACCAGUUUUCUCUGGUUUAUCACCAAAACAAGUUUUCUCUGGUUUAUCAACCAAAACAAGUUUUCUCUGGUUUAUCAACCAAAUCAAGUUUUCUCUGGUUUAUCAACCAAAAUAAGUUUUCUCUGGUUUAUCAACCAAAACAAGUUUUCUCCGGUUUAUCAACCAAAACAAGUUUUCUAAAGUAAAUGAGCAUUUAUUUAUCCUUGAUCAGAGAAAAUAUUUUGCAUAAUUUAAGAAAAGCUAACUUUUCUAGCACGCAAUUUUGAAAACAUUUUAAUUUCUUGUUGAGUCUCUGAAAACUUUGAACCUUUAAAACGAACCUUUUUUUUGCCCUUUUAAAUAUAGGAAUUAAGUGACAAAGAACGAAAAGUUCCGGCUCAAAUUUUAGGUUUCAGCUUGAAUGCCACUUCUGACUUGAUUUAAACCUGAAUUUAAACCUGAAUUUAAAACUGGGUUUAAAUAUUUAACUAGCCAAAA